GUCGGACAUACCAGCAGGGGCCAGCAGGGCCGGGAGGCAGGUACGGAAGCUGCUCUGCUCGCAAAGUUGGGUGAUUGGAGCCCGGCUUUGACGGAAAAACAGAGAAACGUUUGUCUACAGAUUCUGAGCAUCCACAGCAUUGGGUCUAAGGAUUGUCUGCUGCACCCUCACCCUUUGGAGAAAUGUCUGUCACCUAUGAUGAUUCCGUGGGAGUAGAAGUGUCCAGCGACAGCUUCUGGGAGGUCGGGAACUACAAGCGGACCGUGAAGCGCAUCGACGAUGGCCACCGCCUGUGCAGCGACCUCAUGAACUGCCUGCACGAGCGGGCGCGCAUCGAGAAGGCCUACGCGCAGCAGCUCACCGAGUGGGCCCGGCGCUGGCGGCAGCUCGUGGAGAAGGGGCCACAGUAUGGGUCGGUGGAGAAGGCCUGGGUGGCUGUCAUGUCUGAGGCAGAGAAGGUGAGUGAGCUGCACCUCGAGGUGAAGGCCUCGCUCAUGAACGACGACUUCGAGAAAAUCAAGAACUGGCAGAAGGAGGCCUUCCACAAGCAGAUGAUGGGAGGCUUUAAGGAGACCAAAGAGGCCGAGGACGGAUUUCGGAAGGCACAGAAGCCCUGGGCCAAGAAGCUGAAAGAGGUAGAAGCGGCGAAGAAAGCCCACCACGCAGCAUGCAAAGAGGAGAAGCUGGCCAUCUCCCGGGAAGCCAACAGCAAGGCAGAUCCGUCACUCAACCCCGAGCAGCUCAAGAAACUGCAGGACAAAAUAGAAAAAUGCAAGCAAGAUGUUCUUAAGACCAGAGAGAAGUACGAGAAGGCCCUGAAGGAGCUGGACCAGAGCACCCCCCAGUACAUGGAGAACAUGGAGCAGGUGUUCGAGCAGUGCCAGCAGUUCGAGGAGAAGCGCCUGCGCUUCUUCCGGGAGGUUCUGCUGGAGGUCCAGAAGCACCUGGACCUGUCCAACGUGGCCAGCUACAAAACCAUCUACCGCGACCUGGAGCAGAGCAUCAAAGCAGCCGAUGCGGUGGAGGACCUGCGGUGGUUCAGGGCCAACCACGGGCCGGGCAUGGCCAUGAACUGGCCGCAAUUUGAGGAUGAAGAGUGGUCUGCAGACCUGAACCGAACGCUCAGUCGGAGAGAGAAGAAGAAGGCCAGCGACGGUGUCACCCUGACAGGCAUCAGCCAGACAGGCGACCAGUCUCUGCAGAACAAGCCCAGCAGCAAUCUUAGUGUCCCGAGCAACUCCACCCAGUCCGCGCAGUCACAGUCCAGCUACAACCCCUUCGAGGACGAGGACGACACGGGCAGCACCGUCAGUGAGAAGGAGGACAUUAAGCCCAAAACCGUGAGCAGCUACGAGAAGACCCUGAGCUACCCCACCGACUGGUCAGACGACGAGUCCAACAACCCUUUCUCCUCCACGGAUGCCAACGGCGACUCCAACCCCUUUGACGAGGACACCACCUCGGGGACGGAAGUGCGAGUCCGGGCCCUUUAUGACUACGAGGGGCAGGAGCAUGACGAGCUGAGCUUCAAGGCUGGGGAUGAGCUGACCAAGAUAGAGGACGAGGACGAGCAGGGCUGGUGCAAGGGACGCUUGGACAACGGGCAGGUCGGCCUGUACCCAGCAAACUACGUCGAGGCCAUCCAGUGACAGCUGCCGGGCAGGCAGGCGGGGGGCGGCUGCGGCCCAGAAGCACUGUCAGCCCACAGCCGCCGCGUGGCAGCCACUCCUUUUCCUCUGAAAGAUGGUGGACCCGUGCUCUCGGCCCCCCGGCGUCCCUCGCAGGC